AUGCCCUCCGAGCUUCUGGACAACCUCAACAAAUCAAAAUUGAAAUCUGAACUCGACCUUGCUGAAACCAUUGACGAUGACGUCAAUGAAAUCGAUGCUGACGUCACAACUGCCCCUAUCACGUCAUCGUCUACGUCGUCAUCAGCUGAGGUCGAUUCAAAGGGGAAGUCCCAGUUCAACGAGCAAGCUAUUUAUAGAUUGCUGGAGGAAGGAGAGACGAUAACGAACAUGUUCAGAUGUGCACGCAUCCAAGGCCUGGACACGAUGGAGGGUCUGCUGUUGUUCGCCAGAGAACAUUUCUACAUCGUUGAUGGUUACACGCUCAUCACUUCGAAGGACAUCACUGACAUCGUUGCCAUUGACGGCUUGCCACCUGAAUUUCUAACGCUGGGAACAUCACUGACAGACAGUGCACAAGAAUCUGUGUCAGGUCAAAGGUUGAAUGCCAAAGUAGAGCAGAGGUUAAACUUCAAAUGUGUUCUCUGCUGGAAUCAUCGGAUCUCUGAUGGGGGAGAACGAGGUGAGAUAAGCAACUUUGAAUACCUCAUGUGCUUGAACACACUUGCUGGCCGGUCCUACAACGAUCUCAUGCAGUACCCCGUCUUUCCAUGGAUCGUUGCCGAUUAUGAUUCAGAAGAACUGGAUUUUACUAAUCCUUUCACAUUUCGCGAUCUUGCAAAUCCGAUGGGAGCACAAACCGCCGACAGGUUGAAGCAGUUCAAAAAGAGGUUCUCAGAUUGGGAUGAUCCACAUGGUGAGACGCCGCCUUACCACUACGGCACCCACUACUCGUCUGCAAUGAUCGUCGCCUCCUACCUUGGUGGGCAUUUCGACCUGGCGGACAGAAUGUUCCACAGCAUAAAAGAUGCAUGGCUGAGUGCCUCCAGGCACAACAUGGCUGACGUCAAAGAGCUCAUCCCUGAAUUCUUCUAUCUCCCUGAUUUCCUUCUAAAUUCUAAUAACUUUGAUCUUGGGGCAAAACAAAAUGGCGUAUUGCUAGGUGACGUCAUUUUACCACCAUGGUCCAAAGGUGACCCCAGGGAGUUCAUCAGAGUCCACAGAGAGGCACUUGAAUCAAACUAUGUGAGUGCGAAGUUGCACGAGUGGAUCGAUUUAAUAUUUGGUUACAAGCAGCAAGGAGCAGCUGCAGUUGAUGCAGUGAAUGUUUUCCACCACCUCUUCUAUGAAGGCAACGUUAACAUCUACGACAUCGACGAUCCUCUCAAGAAAAAUGCCAUAAUCGGGUUCAUUAACAAUUUCGGUCAAAUACCUAAGCAGUUGUUUAAGAAGCCCCACCCUUGUAAGAAGCUCUCACUCAGAACCAUGCCCGUCUUUACAUCUUAUUACAGUAUUAGUUACUCAGUCAGCGAAAAAUUGUUCUUUCAUUAUCUUGAUAACUUGAGUCCAAGUCUUCAGCCAAUAAAAGAAUUGAAAGGGGCUGUUGGUCAGAUCGUGGCUAAUGACAAGUCGUUAUUGGCAGUGGAACAGAACAAAACGCUGAUUCCAUUCAGUUACAGCAAGUACCUAGCCUGGGGCCACCCUGAUAUGAGCGUUAGGAUUGGAAAUUACGAUUCAGAAAAAGCAUUAUUAGUGGUGGAGAAUGUGGACAUGGGUGACAUACUGUGCUCAGCUUGUCCCAAUGAUAAAACAUUAUUAACUGCUGGUACAAGCACUUUUUUUGCAACAGUCGGCAAUGUUCACAACAGCAUUUCCAAGUUCAUCCGGUUAAAGAUGAUAUUUUUUGAAGAGAUGUGCAAAUUGCAGCACCGCAAAUUUGAUUCGGUUUCAGUUAUGCUAAGGACCGUUGUAAAGGUGUGGAGGUUGAACCUUCGAAAAGAUGGAGGCAGUCGUCUGCCCACCCUCCAACUUCGCAAAUGUUUGUUCGGUCACACGGAAGCGGUCACGUGUCUGACCGUCUCGUCUGCUUACAACAUCAUCAUCAGUGGCUCCAGAGAUCGAACGUGCAUCGUCUGGGACCUGAACAAGUUGUGCUUCGUCAGGCAGUUGAGAGGGCACGCCGCCCCUGUUGCGGCCAUCUACAUCAACGACAUCACGGGCGACAUAGCCACGUGUUCUGGAACGUACUUGCACAUGUGGACAGUGAACGGACAAGAGUUAGCCAACAUCAACACAGCAACCAGCAGGAACCAACAGAUCUUAUGCGUCACCAUGUCACAGAUGAAAGAAUGGGACGCAAACAACGUCAUCAUAACAGGAAACAGUGAUGGCGUCGUCAGGAUGUGGAGCUUGGAAUUCAUCGAAGUCAAAGAUGGAAAACGAAAUGCGGAAGUUUCAGAGAAUAAAAGUGCCGAGGAUGAGCGGACGACAGCAUGGAAUACGAAGGAACAACAACAGCAGCAGCCACCAGGUCAGCAGCGGCUUGAUAAAAAGAGAUUACACGAGGAAGAUGGACCAAGCAGGAGAGGUAGUUUACUGAAAGACUGGUUAGAAAAGAGUGCCGAGAAAAAGAAAAACUGGGGCGAAGAUGAUUACGAGGUGGAAGUUGGGUCAGGAAUAUCAGGCAGAUCGGAAUGGGAUCCAAUCUUUAAUAAGGAUAAAAUAAUUAGAAAAGAGAGGUCAUUCACUCCUUCGCCUUUAUCAGCAGAGGCUCUCAGAGCUGUACGACCUCUUUCUGGUUGUGAUGGAAAUCAAAGUGCUGACUCCAUGGAACUGCCUGCAUCCGCGGACACGUCGUUGGACAGUGCUAACAAGGAGAGAGACACGUCGUCCUCAUCAUCGUACAGCAAGGAGUUUUGCAUUAUCACUGAUGAGGAAAUUAAAGAAAUACCUCAACACUUGUCGGCGCCACAGAAGUUACAAAAGUCACCAGUCCAGAAAAAGAUUGGAUUGAGGGAAGGUUUCAAGUGGCAAAGGCAGUUGGUAUUUAGAAGCAAGCUGACGAUGCACACAGCUUUUGAAAGGAAAGAUAAUCGUGACCCCGCUGCCAUUACUGCUCUCUCUAUCUCCAGGGAUCACAAAACACUGUACGUGGGUGAUGCGAAGGGCCACAUAUAUAGCUGGUCUGUGAUGGACCAGCCUGGAAGGGCGGUGGCCGACCAUUGGGUGAAGGAUGACGGGGGUGAUUCGUGCCAGGAAUGCAGCGUCAAGUUCACAUUUUCUGAACGCAGACACCACUGCAGAAACUGUGGCCAGUUAUUCUGCUCAAAGUGUAGCCGAUUUGAGAUUGAUAUAAAACACUUGAAGACAACCAAACCUGCUCGUGUUUGCCAACACUGCUACUCUCUUCUUAGAACCCAACAAUCAACUGAUACAGAUUAAUGUUGCUGAUUGAUUGAUUGAUUGAUUGAUUGAUUGAUUGAUUGAUUGAUUGAUUGAUUGAUUGAUUGAUUGAUUGAUUGAUUGAUUGAUUGAUUGAUUGAUUGAUUGAUUGAUUGAUUGAUUGAUUGAUUGAUUGAUUGAUUGAUUGAUUGAUUGAUUGAUUGAUGGAUUGAUUGAUUGAUUGAUUGAUUGAUUGAUUGAUUGAUUGAUUGAUUGAUUGAUUGAUUGAUUGAUUGAUUGAUUGAUUGAUUGAUUGAUUGAUUGAUUGAUUGAUUGAUUGAUUGAUUGAUUGAUUGAUUGAUUGAUUGAUUGAUUGAUUGAUAUAUAAUUAGUGAUCAGUCACUGAAAUUUCAAAUUGUCUCCUAUCCUCAUUGAAACCUACCCGUAGAACUGAUUUGGUUACACUCAUUUUUGUUAUUAACUGAUAAAAUAACAAAACUUAAUACGAACCUUUUAUUAAUACGCUUGUACUGACAUAUUUUUAUAAAUAAAUUUAAUAAAU